UAGGAAACCCGAGAAUGGGUUGUAAUCCUUCCCCAUGCAGGUGUGGAAUCAGAGUACCUGAAGCAAAGCUGGUCUCAGUCUGGUCUGCACCUGUGCAUGUGUCUGUCUCUGUGUCUACCGUCUCCAUCAGUAUGAACCUGCCGCUUCUUCUGCUGUGUUUCCUCCUGGAGCUCCUCGUGGUGAGCUGUCAGGAUCUGCUCCUGGCCCGUAUCGUGGGCGGAUAUGUCCCAGUGCCGUACUCCAUCAAGUACAUCGUGUCCAUUCAGAGUGCUACGGGCCAGCACUUUUGUGGCGGGACCUUAAUUAACAAAUACUGGGUGCUGACCGCAGCACACUGCAAUAUAGGGGAGGCAAACAUGAGAAUCGUGGCUGGAGAUUAUUCUGUGGGAUUAUAUGAGGGGACGGAGCAGUUUCGCAGGCCUCAUGUUUUAAUACCUCACCCACAGUACAACAAAGCCACCAAUAACGCAGACAUCAUGCUCAUUAAGCUGCAGUCUCCCGUCUACCUGAACAGCUACGUGUCUCUAUCGCCGCUGCCUCGGCAGGACGCCCAGGUGUCCGUGGGUCGCGUGUGCAGGGUGUCCGGCUGGGGCUUCACCACUCCGGGGGGAGGAAUCCCUGCAACGCUGCAGACGGUGAAGCUGCCCAUAGUGUCCACCGCAGUGUGUAACAGCACAGACUCUUUUAAUGGAAACAUCACGGAGAAUAUGAUCUGUGCGGGAUACAGCGCAGGAGGAAAAGACGCGUGUAAGGGGGACUCUGGAGGGCCGCUGGUGUGCGAGGGCCGCGUGUACGGCAUCGUCUCCUGGGGGAAUGGCUGUGGUGAUGCCCAGUACCCUGGCGUCUACACGUCCGUCUCGAGGUUUCGCCAAUGGAUCGAUGGAACUAUAUUUGGCUUUUAUGGAAGGUGCCUCAAGUAUUAGACUGCAGUGUUACCCCAGCACUCCCCUAAUCGAGCUUGAAACAGCCUCGAAACAUGCCAACUUGGACAUGAAUAAUGUUGCUAUUUCUAUUUGAAAAGUUAGACAACUUUGUUUUUUAGAUGAGUACACUGCUGUUCUGAAACAGCACAUCUGUUCCUCAACAGUUAGGCUUUUUUUAAUGGUAGUUUGUGCAAACUGUUCCUUAUAUGUGCCAUAAUGCUGCUUCUCUGCAAACGUCUUUAAAAAACUAAAAAUAGGUAUAUUAAAAAGGAAUAUUUCCACAAAAAAAAAAAAUAUAUAUAUAUACAAAAAGAAAAGUAUGGUAUGAUACUGUGAGAAGGAUCAAUUCAACAUUAAUAUCAAUGCAAACAGACUUUCAUCUGGACAAUAAUCAAACCCGUUUCAUAUUUUAAGACGCAUUUUGUGAGUGCCUACAAAAUUGUAUUGUAUUGUGUUUAAAUUGUUAUGAUAUUUCACAAUGACUAUUUUUACUGUAUUUUUUAUCAAAUAAA